GUUAUUCCCGUCCCAUUUAGGUUUCUACUCGCAGCCAGCCAAACGCAGCCUGAUCUCCAAGCAUGGUGCUCGACAUCAAUCUCGACCCGGAGGAUCUCCAGCCAUCGGUGCCCCUGAAGAAGGUCCCCACCGGGGACCUAUUUGAGGCUGCGCGCGCCGGCGACUGCGACCGGCUCGCCCUUCUCCUCGAGGGCGGCGCCAACGUCAACGCGCGCGACCGCUGGGACUCCGUCGCGCUCUACUAUGCCUGCCUCGCCGGCCACGCCGACGCCGCGCGGAUGCUGCUCGAGGCCGGGGCCGUCUGCGCCGAGCGCACCUUCGACGGCGACAGGUGCCACUACGCGGCGCUCACGCUGGACCUCCGGAGGCUCCUCAAGUCAUUCGAGGCGCGCCCGCCUCCUCUCGCGCCGCUGCCCGCCGCGCUCCGGACGACGUUCCUUGCCUGCCCCGCCAACCGCACCACGUUCCUCGAGAUACUCCAGGGGUCCAGCUCCGGCUCCGAAGCCGCUGCCCUCGCUCAAACCGCAGGAUUUGGGCUGACGGAUGAUGCAUCAACUGCUAGUCUAUUUCCCCCGGAUAUCACUUUCUACGUGGAUGGAAAACCUAUUGAAGCUCAUAGGUUGAUUCUUUGUGCCCGGUCGUGCUUCUUUGAAAAGAAAUUCAAGACAGACUGGAAAAAUAGGAGGGAAGUGAGAUUUUCUAACCAAAAAUUAUCUUUUGGUGCCCUGUACAACCUUAUCCAUUUCUUCUAUUCUGAUAGACUUGAGGCAUCUGUGGAUGACAUGGAAUGUUUGCUGCGCACUUCCAAAGUUUGUGCAUGUGAGGGGUUGCACAAGUUAGUUCAUAAAGAAGUCAUGCAUCACAGAUUUGCGCCCUAUAAGUCAACAAUGGAGUCAGAAUUGGAAAAUUCACAGAAACGUUUCGUUUUACAUGGGCAAUCGUUGCCAUUGGAAGAUCAGCUUCCAUCAGCAUUGCAGCGCAUUCUAGAGAAAUGUCUAGCUAACUCAAGAGAAAAAGAUUAUUUUAACAAUGAACCAAAUGAGAUGUGCAGAAACUUGAAGGAUGAUGACCUUGCCGAUCUCAUUGUAAAAGUAGAUGAUAGGGUAUUUCGUUGCCAUCAGUUGAUUUUAGCCUCAAGGUCAGAGUACUUUAAAGCCAGGCUAUCUCGAACAGUGGAUUUUCUUGAAGGUUACAAUGGACAGCAAGAAUCUCUGGAUCUUCCAUUCCUUCAGGAGCAUGACUUGAGUACAGAAGCAUUUGAAAAGAUGCUUGAAUACAUGUAUACUGAUAAGCUAGAGCAUAUGGAUCCAAUCCAGGCUGAAGAACUAUUUGACAUCGCAUCAAGAUACCUGCUGUUUCCCCUGAAGAGAGCUGUAGCUGAUUUACUGUUACCAAAUCUGGAACAUGUUUCACCUGCAGAACUGUGCCAUUGGCUGAUGUUAUCAGACAUUUACGGCGUUGUGAAAAUAAGGGAGUAUUGCCUGGAUAUCAUCGCCUGCAAUUUCGAGAUGUUUGCAGACACAAGAGAGUUCCGGGCCUUGCUCUUGACCCUUCCACCGCCGUCUGCAGAUGACGCACUGCGAACAACUCGUCCUAGCGAGCCUGGGGCUGCGGGGAACACUGACCAAGGCAAUGUGCUCGAUGAUUUGCGGGAGAAAUGGUUAGAAGCAGAGGCCGCUGAGCUAGAUAAGAGAGAUCAGAGCGCAGCGCUGUUCGACAAGCGCUUGGAAAUGCUUAUGCAUGUUGCGGAGCGUGAAGCCAAUGAUUACAAUGCUGGACUCCAUGGAGAACUGGAAUUCCAAGGCCAUGUAGCCCAAGGACAACCGGAUGGUCAAAAAAUGGAGCGGGCAGUUGAGUAUCGAUCUAAGGUGGAAGUAGCACAGGAGCGGGACGGCAUCGUCUAGCCGCAGCAGCCAAUGGAGAGAGAGAUCAUGGGAAGACCGGUAAAGCAUAGGAGACGGGGAGGGAGAGGGAGGCGAACUGGAUGAGAGCCAGGAGCCCAGGAGGUGGCUGCUUGCGCUCAACCCUAUGGGGUGAGGAAAUGCAGUUUGCCUUUUUCUUUUCAGCAAACCGGAUAUAUGGGCUCCGAAACUAGCCCAAACAACAAGCCGCUCCAUACUUUUCUCGA